AUGGCGUCGCGAGCGUACAGUCCUCUGUCGCAAGAGGAACAUGAAGUUCCCGAACGGCCGACGGUGUACUACGGCGACGGGCCGUUCGACCCGCCAGACUCGGACGACGAGGCGGACGGGUUGAUUGAGAAGCCGCGUUCACCCCGUAUAGCUGAAGCAGCACGAGAGUCACUGGAGAAUGGAGAUCUAGGACUAUAUGUUGGAGGACAGGAACAGGCGCGCUGGGCUUCGGUGCGCAAGUUAAUCAUCACUCUUGCUGCACUCGUAGCAGUCGCUGCUACUAUCGGACUAUUCGCUGCACUGUCAUACCAUGGCCCUGUGCGAACGCCGCAUGGAUCCGCGCACAUCACCAUGGACCACGUCUUCAAUGGGACGUUUAGCGCCGAAAGGCAGGGCCUUGCGUGGGUUCCUGAGGCUGGAGACGGUGUAUACUCGACAUACGCCGAAGGAUUCAUCCUUCUUGUGGACUUGAAUACCAAUACAACUCGGAUACUGCUUAAUACGGCUGACGUCACGAAUGAAGCCGGCGAGCCAUUUGAGUGGUCCGAUUGGAAGCUCUCCGCAGAUAUGAGGUAUAUCCUCGUCAAGACCAACUAUCUGAAGCAAUGGAGGCACUCCAGCUUCGGCAACUACUACAUCCACAAUCUGGGAACGGGCCAAACUGUGCCCCUCACAGCUCCCACCAACCCACCGACCGUAGCAUAUGCAACUUGGUCCCCAACCGGCGAAAGCAUCGCCUAUGUCCAGUCUAACGAUCUCUACGUCGUGCGGUCACCUGCCGAUAUUGCCGCACCUAUUCGUGUUACCUCGACCGGCAAUGCUACACUGUUCCACGGCGUCCCCGACUGGGUUUAUGAAGAAGAGGUGUUCAGCGCCGAUUAUGCCCUCUGGUGGUCCCCGGACAGCGCCAAGCUCACCUUCUUGACAUUCGACGAGACAGAAGUACCCGAAUAUGUCUUCCCGGUAUACAACCCCUCGUCGUGGAACAACAGCGCCAUUGAACCCUACACGUCCGAAGUCCGCAUGCGUUACCCCAAGCCAGGCUACCCCAAUCCGACUGUUUCCGCGAGGGUGUUCGACUUGGACCGCUACAUCACAGCCGGGCAUAUCCUAGCGGACGAGACGACCGCUGAGCUCACUUGGAACGGCCGUCUUUCGGUUGCCGAUAGUAUCAUCGCAGAAGUAGCAUGGCUCGACAACGUUGUCAUGCUGCUGAAAGAAGUCAACCGCAACGCAGACGUGGGCAGCGUCGUAUACUUCGACCUGUCUACCCCUAGCGGCGCACACGGUUCCGCCGUGCGUAAACUCGGCAAAGAUGGCGAACAAGGCGAUGAAGGAUGGAUCGAUGCGAACCAGGACAUAUACCCGCUUCCAUCUGCUGCCCGCCCUAAUGGUCUUCCUGCGUAUCUCGACAUCGUGCCAAAUGAAGAUGGAUUCAACCAUGUUGCAUUGUUCAGCCCCGCGAAUAACGGGACGCCACAGUGGCUUACCAGUGGACCGUGGGAGGUAGCCGGCGGUAUCCAGGCCGUCGACGCCCAACAAGGCCUGAUCUAUCUCCUCGGCGCCGCACCAACCUCCAUCGAGCGUCACCUCUAUUCCGUUCCUCUUCCCGGUCUCGCCGCAGCCAAGGCCGAAGGCCUCGAAGACGAUGAGCUUGCGCCGCUUAAACCGCUUACAGAUAUCGCCGCACCGGGAUAUCACUCCGUCAGCUUUUCGCCUGAGGCAGGGUUCUAUCUGCUUUCGUACGAUGGGCCGAAUAUCCCUUGGCAGCGGGUUGUCAAAGCCGGGAACGAGUCGAGCAGUUUCUUGUUGACGGAUAAUCAGGAGCUCAAUACGACUUGGAGUCAGUUCGAGAUGCCAAUUGUGACGCAUUCCACCAUCGAAAGCGAGGGAUAUGAACUCAACGUCCAGGAGAUCCGUCCCCCUCACAUGGAUGACUCAGGCCGCACGAAGUACCCUGUUCUGUUCCGCGUUUACGGCGGUCCGUUCUCGCAAAUGGUCACGCAGAGGUUCGGCGUCGAUUGGCACUACUUCCUGGCAUGCUCGCAACAGUACAUCGUUGUCACUGUCGAUGGGCGUGGCACAGGCUGGAAGGGACGCGGGUUGAGGAACAUGGUCAAAGGCAAUCUUGGAUUCUGGGAGACGAGGGAUCAGAUCGAGGCUGCAAGACAGUGGGCGUCAAAACCAUAUGUCGACCCGAAGAGGAUUGGGAUAUGGGGUUGGUCGUACGGAGGUUUCAUGAGCCUCAAAGUCGUCGAAGCUGCAGCAGGUAUCCACUCUCUUGCAAUGGCCGUCGCCCCACCCACCUCCUGGCGCAUGUAUGACACGAUCUAUACCGAGCGCUACAUGAACACCCCUCAACUCAACCCCAAUGGCUACAUCAACGCCUCCAUCGUGAACGUCACAAACUUUGACAACGUCGACUUUGCGCUUGCCCAUGGCAGUGCGGACGACAACGUGCAUUACGCCAAUACGGCGCAUCUAUUGGACAUGUUCACGGCUGCCAACAUUCGGAAAUACCGUUUCCGCAUGUUCACGGACAGUGAUCAUUCAAUCUCGAAGAGGGGCGCUUACAGGGAGUUGCAUGAAUGGCUCACGGCCUUCAUGCUCGAGAAAUGGGGUAAGGGUGGUAAGAGGAGAGGAUGGUAG